CUCAGACACAUACACUGCAGAUACACAUUCAACCGGUGGAAUUGAGGAAACUUCAAGUUAAGGGGUUAUUUCUUCUACGCAACAUUGGGAAAUAUUGUAUUUAAAAGUUAAAUACAUACAGUAGAGUACAAUGGUUUCUUUCAGAGUUAUAUUUUUACCAGAAAACAUGUCGUGUAACUUUUAAUUUUGACUGGGUCUGACUUGGACUUACCGAAGCGUUCAGAAGUUGUUUUACAUGCUGCCUUUGACGCAGAAAGCCGAGCUGUGGACUUGGAGACUUUUCAGAAAUUAUGAAGACCAAUUUUACGAACAUUUUUUGUUGGAUAAUAUUGCAUAAUGCGUGAAUGAUUCUCGAUUUAUUUCAAAGGAGAUACUUUAGCUUUCAGUAAAAACAAGGAGCUAGUUUGAAGAAACACAAUUGAAACUCAUUGAAACCGUACGUCAGAGACACACUGACUACAAACUGGACAUACAAUGACAAGCUGUUGGUUUGCCUUUGUGGGUUUGUGGUGGAGCGCUUAUUGCAUGUUCCUUAUUGCAGGUAGCAAUUAUUUAUUCGAUGGGAACAACGAGGUGCACCCAAGUUUCAUUCACCGGCGGUUGCGGACUCACGAAAAGAGAGAGAUGCAGAAGGAGAUCCUCUCCAUCCUUGGACUUCCACACAGACCCAGACCGCAUCUGUCACAUGGAAAGUACAACUCCGCUCCGCUCUUCAUGCUGGAUCUUUACAAUACGAUAUCCAGCGAGGAGAAAAACGAAGUGGAGGGCAUGUUGGAACAGUACCAGUCCAUCUACACCACCCAAGGUCCCCCUUUGGCAACAUAUCAGGAGAAUGCCUUCCUAAAUGACGCCGACAUGGUGAUGAGCUUUGUCAAUUUGGUGGAGGACGAUAGAGAGCUGUCGCCACAUAGACGGCACCACAAGGAGUUCAAGUUCAACCUGUCCCAGAUCCCAGAGGGAGAGGCUGUCACCGCCUCCGAGUUCCGCCUCUACAAGGAGUGUGUGAGCCGGACCUUCCGCAACGAGACCCUCCUGCUCAACGUCUACCAAGUGGUACAGGAGCACCCCAACAGGGAAGCAGACCUGUUCCUGCUGGAGUCUCGCAGGCUGUGGGCGGCCGAGGAGGGCUGGCUGGAGUUUGACAUCACGGCCACCAGUAACCUGUGGGUGAUGAGUCCCCACAACAACAUGGGCCUCCAGAUCAGAGUGGAGACCAGCAGUGGGCGGAGCAUUAGCUCCAAGGAGGCGGGGCUAGUUGGGCGUGACGGAGCGCUGGAGAAGCAACCCUUCAUGGUGGCCUUCUUCAAAGUCAGCGAGGUGCACAUCCGCACCGCCCGCUCCACCAACAAGAACCGCAACAAGAACCGCAACCGCCCCACACAGCCCCAGGAAGGAGGCUCCAGGGGCCCAAGCCCAGCAGAAUACAACAGCAGUGACCAGAAGACAGCCUGUAGGAGACAUGAGCUCUACGUCAGCUUCCGGGAGCUGGGCUGGCAGGACUGGAUCAUUGCACCUGAGGGCUACGCAGCCAACUACUGUGACGGAGAGUGCUCCUUCCCCCUCAACGCCCAUAUGAAUGCCACCAACCAUGCCAUUGUGCAGACACUGGUCCACCUCAUGAACCCAGAGAACGUGCCCAAGCCCUGCUGCGCCCCCACCAAGCUGCACGCCAUCUCCGUGCUCUACUUCGACGACAACUCCAAUGUCAUCCUGAAGAAGUACAAGAACAUGGUGGUGAGGGCCUGUGGCUGCCACUGACGACCGCCAAACUGCCGCGUCAUCAUGGUCACCCGCCCAUGGGCUGCAGCGGAGACUGUGUGCACACGACAUCAUGGGUCUGCCUGUUUGUGAGUGUGUGUUGUGUACUACUCUCUCCUCUCCCAUACUCAGGGCGAGGGAGGAACUGAUAAAUGGACCAGACCAACGUGCUGCUCCCCCCCCCCCUCCUCCUUUCAAAACUAAGUGGUGUUCAAGUUCUCAGACGGCUAAUGGCCCAUUACAGCGAAACAACUCAACGGCGUCGGGGAAUUGACUCAAUGUUAUCUCAAUACUGACAGCCAACCUGUUACAUGACGUCAGAUGUAGUCAAAUGACACAAAACAUGUAGAAAUCCUUUUAUAGGACCACAGGGGAAAAGCAUUAGCCUAACUACACCAUUUUAAUAGAGAUGUAUGUAUAUUGUCUAACCAAAGCCUGAUUUUAACAUGAACAAUCUGCUGAAAUAUUCAUGAAAUGUAUGCCACGAUACAUUACAGUUAAUGUAAAAAGAUCCAGAUAUUUCCUCUU